GUCAGCUACUCGAAAAUGGCGAAUAUUAGAUAGUUUUUCAUGGACAUUUGGAUAAAUUUAACUACUUAGUAAGCUCUGUUCUUAUUUUUCGCUGGCCGCUCCAGUUUCAACGACACCGAGUGCUAACAUUAAGUUUCGAUACUCGUUAUUACGUAAACUUGUGUCCCGGUAGCAACUGUAGCAUGCUAGCUGAAUAGCAUAGUAACCUGAAUUGAGGGUAGCAGCUGUAAAUGGCGUCUCUAUGCACACAAACAGUGAGGUACUUAUAGAACAAAGUUUGUUAAAGUGGCGUCAGCGGACCUGGAUACGUUCAGUCUAGCUUGUCCUGCGUUAAUGGAUUGACAUUUUACAUUGGAAUUGAAGGUAUGGCUUUAAUGCUUCACAACUUGGUUUUUGUUAUUGAUGUAGAUAACGGAGAUCAAUAUUCAGGCGAUCAGUUGGAAACAAGGAAUCAUUUAUUGAAACGAGGGAUAUUACAAAUUCUGCUGCACUUCAGCUGCAAAUACGGAUUAGACAAAGUCAGAUGGGGCUACAAAUUCUUUCAGUCCAAGACUAGUCGCAAUGGUCUCAUAUCAAGAGGGUCAGACUUCAAGGAGCUCCGCCACAAAACUUUCGAGGAUUUUGAAAUCGAGUUUGAAGCCAAGUUUGACGCGAAGGAUAAACCUUACCCGUCUCAACAGAAGCAUCAGUCCAGCCAGUCUGCUUCGGUUCAAAAUGCACUCAAAGAAACCCUCCUGGACUUCCAGUGGGACAGACCAGACAUCACAUCCCCUACUAAACUGUCCCUGAGGCCCAGGAAGUCCAGCCGUACUGGGAGGUCCAGUGUCUCGCAGGAGGAUGAUAUCUCAAACAAUGGGAAUAAUCUUGUGUUUGUUGUCUCUGAGUGUCCACGCUCCCGGACUCAUCUUGUGGACUAUCUGUCUUUGGGAAAACAAGACUUUAAUGCAGAUGUGACUGAGCUGAUCCUACCUAAAGGCCUCCGUGACAUGCUGGUGCAGAAACAGGUCGUGCUGCACUGGAUUGACAGUAGAUCACAUGUACAGAUCACGAGCAGUGAGGAUCACCUCGGCUCUGACAAACUUUCUGAGGUCUUAGCUCAGGCAGGUGGAAGAGUGAUCCCUGUGGUUGCACUGCUGAACCUCUGCUGUGCUCAAAAUCCAAACUCAAGCUUCAGGAGUGACACUUUUACAUUCAAGUCAAGCAUCGGAUACCUGCUGUCUUCUGAAAGGCUCUACCGCCUGGCGUUUCCUGUCGUUGGAGGUGUUCUGCUUUGGAAGCAAGGUGAUGUCUCACAGAGCUGUGGCAUCAUGGUUGAACCAGUGUCUCGCAGACAGAGACUUCUCCCAGAGUCUGUGGAGGUGAGUCUGAAAGGAGUGCUGCAGGGCUGGGAGGCCUCGUCUCUGACUCAGACCUCUACAGAGUCGUGGGUGCUUCAGUGCUCUGGGAGCGAGGACCAAGAAGCUGCAACCCUCCAGCAUCUUCUGAUGGAACUGUCUGUUCACAGCCUGCAUAUGCUCUCUGAGGUAAAGGACUGCGGCCUGGUAAGCUCGGCUGUCCUCUCCCCCUUGUCGCCCUCCACGGCCCUGCUCACUGUUCUCCAGUCUGAAAUCACGCAGCACAAAGCAUUUCCAACUGCUGAAAACAUCACCACUGCUACAGCUGAAACCUCGACUGAACUACCAGAAGUUGUGAGCAGUGUUCUGGGAGUCGUGUACGACAUCAUGGAGGAGGACGGUGACGGUGUGGAUGACGCGUCCAGGAAUCAUCAGGUUCCUGAAUGGGCUCAGCAGGAAAUCAACCACAGGCCACUUAGGACAGGCGUGUUUGAGAGCUGGUUCCCUCAGUCUGACCAGGCAGGAGUGAGCCCCCAUUUAAUGGAGUCAAUGAGGUUGCUGCAUGCAGUACCAGAGCAGAAAGAAGAAGAGUUGUCAUCCAUCCUGCAGCAGGAGCUGCUCAGUGGUUUGGCUGAAUUAUAUCAAACGUCCAAGGGCACAGAUGACAAGAGGGGCAAGAAACGUGGCACCCAGCGCACACCAGUGAAACAGAAGAUGAAGACCAUGAGCCGCUCUCUGCAGAUGCUUAAUGUUGCUCGGCUGAAUGUAAAAGCUCAGAAAAACCAGACUGAGAGUGAGCCGCCAGGGCCCGAGGGCAGGGGACCAGAGAGGCAAAGGAAGAGACGGUCAAGUGACAGGAAGAAAACUGCAGGAGCAAAAACCAUCAGUUUUACCAGUGAAGAAGAGCUUCUAUCACAUCUGAAAUCCAGCUAUGAGAAGACUGUGGCAGAGAGAGACUCGUCCCUCCUCACUGGUGUCCAGCAGCUCUUGUUUGCUGUGAAAACCUUUCUUGGGACAGAAUCAGACCUGAAGGAAAAGAACUCCCAGUUUAUCCAGCAGCAUCUCCUGAAGACUGGCAAAUCAAUCAGACAGCAGUAUGGCGCAGCAGGAGAUGUUGACAGUAAAGUCAGAGAGUGUCAGCUUCAAGCGUUGUUGAGGCUGGAGUUGUGCAAGCUUUUCUCUCCAGAGCAGUCAGACUCUUUGGAUUCUGAUCAAAUGGCAGAGGAGGUGGCUGAAAUGCUCCGGAUAAUCUCUCUAACAAAAGAUCCUGUGUGCAUGACGAGAUUCCUUCAAGAUGAGGUCCUUCCAGGGUUCCUGACUGCUGUGCCCAGAGUUCUCGCAGACAUCUACCACAGUCUGGGCACACAGCUCCCCGAGGCAUUGGUGGCUGUUCUUCCUGCAGACUUCUUCAGCGACGAGUCAGUCGCCAAAGACAGCGUUUCUCCAUCAGCCUCCUCACCUCCUCUCUCCACGCACAGCCGGGCUUCAGAUGGCCCAGAGCACUUGCAGGAGCUAAGAAAUCGUUCAGCCAACAAGAGGAGAAGUGGGAUGCUGACUCGCCAUCGCAGCAUGACUGAAUCAUCACAGAGUCUUCGCCAAAUAGAGAUGCCUAAAAAGACCACAAGAGCUUCCAAAUCAAAGACGUUUGUUGCUUUGGAGAAACCUGUCGCAGAACCACAACCUCAGAAACAAGAAACACAAGAGGUGACAAAGGUGAGAAGAAACCUGUUCAACCAAGAGAUCCUGUCCCCAUCAAAGAAAGCCAAGCUGCCAAGAAGCCAGUCUGUGUCUGCUGUGGAAGGACUGAAACGUAAAAGAUCUUAUGAAUCUGAAGAGAGACACAAGCUUCUAACAAAGUCCGUGUGUGAAACCCCACACCACAAGCAGGUGUCUAGUCGUCUCCUUUACCGACAGCGCAUGGGAAGGAGAUCUGCCCCGACUGAAGAGUGCAUUGUAGAAGAGUCCCCAGUGAAGCCUGCAGAAGACCUCAGAAGGAGCCCGAGGAUCAAGAAUUUUGCCAGACGACACUCUAACAUCUUCUAUUCAAGCUCUCAGCCUCGCUCUCGAAACCUGGAAAGAGCGCUCUCUGCGUCACAGCUCACGCUCAGCGACAGCAAAAUCAGCGAUCUUAACAUUAAAAGUGUCCGCUCUCCCAUGCGUCUUCUGUUUGGUGCUGCGAUAUCUCCGAGCCGGACUUCUGAGCUGUCACGUGCAACCAGGUCCACCAGGUCACGGCUGUUCACGGACUCAAGUGUCUUUGAGAGUCCAAAUAAAACACCUACAAAGUCACCUGCUAAACGUAUGAGAGUCAACCAUGGGACUCCAACAACUCCAAAGACCCCUCGAACCACAGGGAUCCCCAACACACCUCCUUCCACCAGGUUGUGUGUUUCCUCUGUGGCUGAGAGCCCUGUGGCAGGCAGCUCUGGCAUGUCUCUGAGAGGAAGUCCGUUCAGAUCUCCAGCCACAAAGGCUUUAGUGGUGGAGACGCCAACUAAGCAAAGCCCCUUAAGGAGUCCACUGAAGGGCAUCCUCAGGACUCCGGUCAAAGCUUUGGUCGACUCCUCUGGAUUACUCUGUAGCCCAGUGUCAAAGACUCCCAAGAAGAGCGUCACAUGGUCUCCUUCCCCUCGAAAAUCUAAAUUGGUCGAGAGCAGUGGUCUUUUCAAGGUGCCGGAGUCUCCACGUUUUGCAGCCCGCACCUCUCCCAGACUGAUGAACACACCUGACAAGUUCAAGAGUCCAGUCAGGAGCACAAACACCAAGAGAGACAUCUUCAAGACCCCAGAAAAGACUCUCAAUGUGGUCUUAGAAAGACUGUCUGAAAAGACCAUUCUUGAUGUUUCACCACUGGCAAAGACAACAGCCACAUCACCCACAAUGCCUCCUCCACAAUCCACACCUCCUCUAGACCGCAACCUUUCGCCCAAACCCAACACAAGAAGUCAAACUAAGACCCCUAGUCCCACUUACCAAAUGACAACUCGCUCUGGACGAACUCCAGUCAAAAGUCCAGGCAUUGAAUCUCCAUGUAAGCUGCUCUCUACACCACCGAGAGAUACCACUGUUCCAGAAGAAACGGAUCCGUCUCCUGUAAAAUCCCUGACAAGAAAACGGUCUGGUCAAGGUGCUAGAGCCACUAGACGUAACUCAAGAUCCAAUUCUGGUGAGGAUAUACCUGUUGCUUUGAUUACAAAGUCUUCAGAUGACUGUGAACCUGUGGAAAAGAAUGUGCAGUCAGAUCUGAAAGAGGAGAAACUUGCUGAAUCUUCCCAAACGUCAGAAACUGACACCAGCUCUCAUUCAGACUCACAGCAGCCCGACUCAUCACGAUUUAACUCCGUAUCCACAGAUGAUGAUAGCCUGGAUAUUGUAGAUGCAGCAGUUGUGAAGACUCAGUUUAGUGGAGGUCUGAAGAUGAAUAUUAGCUUUUCUCGUAAGCCGUCAAAGUCAGGUGAAGAUUUUCUGGCUGGUACAAUUUCUCCUAAAGCACGCUUGCUUAACCAAGGCACACCUGGACGGAGCUAUGGCUUCAGGCAAACUCCUGACCGCCAACAGAGAGAGGCUGCUGCUCGCUUGGGUUAUGGCAACGAUUCUCCUCGAUUUUCAACCCCAAGAGGUCCUGCGAAAGGUAGUCGACACAAGGGUACGAGCACUCCAACUCCUCUGACUUAUCAAGUAGAAAUGGAGAUGCAAACAUCGGGAAUUCCCAAACUCAAAUUCAAACGUACAGACUCCAUGAAUGCAGGAGAUAUGGCCUCAAAUGGAGCUCAGAGCCCUUUAGUUGUUGUGAAACCCUCUCAGAUGGAAAGCCCUUUAGCUUUGUUUUCUAAGCACAGAGAUCCUGGCUGUGUGUCACCAUCUAUCUGCACACAUGUCACUCCAGCGAAGAGCACGCCUGGAAAAGGCGGGAGCGUCCAGACUUACAUCUGUCAAUCCUACACCCCCACACGCCAUCCUGCAGGAACAGUGUCUCCUGUGGCUGUGCCAGAUAUCAUCCCACUGACCCCUUCACCUCAGAGUGCAGGGAAAGUAACCCCAGACAACCUGAACAGCUGGCCUCGCAGGAAGAGAGCUCAGGUUGGAGUGUUUGGAGGUAAAGAUCGAUGUCUGAAGGGGGAGCCGCUGCUGGCAGAGCUGCUGGAGGAGGCUGAGCUGGGAGUGAGCAGACUGCAGGACAUCGAGGACGCAGAUGAGUCCUCAAAAGCUGAUGUGUUAGCUUUGACUUCCAAACCUUCACCACCAGCUGCUGCAGAUCCUCCUCUUUCUCCACUGGAGGACCUGUACUGGAUAGAAAAGCUGGCACAAGAAGCUGACAGUGCUGAUCGUCAGAGAGCAGAAGAAGUUAUCUGGGGCACUGAAAGUGACGAUGCAAAGUCAGCGGCAACACCCCCCAGCUCUAAAGUGAGGAAGCCAGUGACAGCCAGUGGGAUUUUAGCCCUCACUCACUCUCCGUUGUUGUUCAAGGGCAAAGCAGGCUCUGCUCAUAAGAGAACGCCAAACUUUAAAGAUGAGGCCUCAUCAGGGAAAGGGAUGGAGGUUGAUGGCGUGGAGCUCUCUCCCUUCAGCCAGCCAAUCAGACGCUCAAACACAGGGAGGAACUACAGCAGGAAGAGACUGAUCCACUGACCUCAAACCAUCUGGCAACCAAAGCACAAGUAUUGUCCAUUCAGUGUGUUGCUGUGAAGCUGUCGAUCUUUCUUUGCCUCAUUUUCCUGGAGUGCUAUUGACGGCACAUGUGAAAAAAGUCUUUGAAGCACUGCUUUGAAAGGCUUUAUGGAAGAACAGUGCCUCCUUCAGACUCCUCCACCAACUCUUUGACCCUGAACUUUUCUGUUUAGACCAGCUGAUUUUGUUUUAGUCCGGAUAUUUCAAGAUUAAAGGUGUGGCAAUGAGUCAAAAAGUACAGAGGCCCUAAGAAGACAUGCUUCAUUUAUUUUAAUUUACUCCCUUUUUCUUUCAGUAUUUCUACUGAGCUUCUUAUUACCUGCAUUCUUGUCUCAAUAACGAAAUGAAUGAGUCAAGAUCACAGAAAAACAGAGUAAUAAAAUAAAUGGAUGCACAUCUGUUGAGGGCUUUCAUACAAAGGCUGUGCUGUUUUGCCACAAAGGUUUAAAGCAGUCAUUCAUCUCAAGGAUUUUAUCAUUUAAAGCCUUCCAUGUGUGCAUGGCUCCCUUCAAAGGGAAAUGGUGGUAUUAUGUUUAAUAUGUCCUCAAACUUUUAAUUAGCCUUUUAACAAUCACGUCUGGAGUCUAAAUUUGUUGAUAUAAUUUUCAUGUCUAUUUAUGAGUUUGUUUUUGUCAUACGUUCGCUUUUAAAGUAAAAGGGAAGGUCUAACUGUUGAGUAAUGCUGUAAAUAUCUUAUGUUUCCAAAGUUUAUGUAAAUAAAUGUACGUUUUCUGA